GUGGCGUCACCGUCGGGAAGAUUACAGUAGGAGGGUUUAGCGCCGCAAUUUAGCAACGAUCGAAGAUCGAGAACUUGUUUUAUUUGAAGAAAUAACUUGUGGGAUAAAAAUAACGCGAUCAGAAAUUCGGAAAUCGUCGUGCAGUGAAGUACAGCGCUAAGAACGUUAAAAAUGACGACAAACUUGAGCAUAUUUAAAGAACCAAGAGGAUUCAUUAGAGUGAUUCAGGCAAUUAUGGCCAUUUUUGCAUUUUCUACAACAGCUGGAUUCUCUACUUCGGUAUCUUUUAUCAUGGAUUGCAAUUCUGACGACAUUCACGAUAUUGAAUAUCAUUUUGGAUAUCCAUUUUCUUUGAGAGAGAUACCUCUAACUAUACCUAACUGCAAUGAAACAGGAUCUCACAGAGUUGUAUAUUUUCCAUAUGUAUUUUCUGGAAGUGCAGAAUUUUUUGUUGCCACUGGUGUUAUUGCUUUUCUUUAUACUAUUUUGAUAUCUGUUGUUUAUACUAUAGGACAAGAUACAUACCAGAAUAACCCAAUGUAUCCUCUUGUGGAUAUGGGUAUCACCAGCGUCAUUACAUUAUUCUGGCUUGCUGGAUCGAGUGCAUGGGCAGAUAGCGUAAGCGAUAUGAAAUACUAUACAAAGCCAGAAAAUCUAUUUAAAAAUUUGUGUGAAUGUAUGAGAAAAGAUGUUUGUAAGUCAGAUGAUAUGGGAAGUUUCGCUUCACUAGAUGUAUCACUGGUAUUUGGUUUUUCAAAUUUCUUACUUUGGGGUGUUAGCAUAUGGUUUGUAUACAAAGAAACAACAUUCCAUCAACAGCGUCAGCAACAACAGGGACAGACGAAUUCUGCAGGCAAAGUUUGAAUCGACGCAAUUCCUAAAAGGCAACUCGUCAAUUUUUUAAGAAAUCCAAUUGUUUAUGUCCUUGUUAAUAUUAUUAUUAUACAAAGACCAAGGGUUUGAUUUGAUUCAAGUUGAGUGACAUUGUUUUCUAAUCUUCAUGAACAAAAUAUCCAAUGAAGUAGUAUCGUGCCGACGUGCAGGGAACAAAACUUCCCGUAGGUGACUAAUUCGUAAACGACUUAAUUUGAAAUUGAUUCGAGAAUUAAUCUGUAAACAUCCCAUUGAAUCAUUUGUUUUCACUGCCAUAACAUUCUGUAUAGUAUGCAAGUCUUGUAUUCCUUUUUCCCUGUAAAGACAUUUUAAAGUU